AUGUCCCUUAAAACGUUUCUAAUUCCACUCUUGCUGCUUACAACUGCAGUUCAAACAGGAGUUUCAUUCAACGUUGGUUACGUCACAAUGCCAUUGUUUGAAAUGUUUGUUAAAAAUCUUCCUCAAAAUCCAGAUGACACCGCAGAUGACUUCACAAGUGACGAUAACCAGCAAGCCCUAAACGAGUUUUUCAAUAAAGUCAGAGUUAUUGAUGCUUGGAAGGCAACAACUCUGGAUUUGGACCUUUAUCUUCGGGAUAAAGUAACAACUAUUAUUACGGAUGCUCGAGUACAAUUUGAUCGGAAGACAAUCGUCGCUGCAAAUCUCGUUGGAUACAAUUGUACGCGUUAUUGUUACAAUGUAAGUGUUCCAUUAAUCUUGAACGUGACUGGGUGGACUGAGGAUAGAUUAAAUGGUAAAGUUCCACCUACUGUUCGAAUGGCAGAUAUUCAUGAAGCUGUUGUGAAAGCUAUUGAAGAAAGAUUCUGCUGUAACAUGACCCAAAUUGCGAUCGAUUUAGGGCUUGAUCCAAUUCUUGGCGUCAAGAAAACAUCAGCUUAUAUCGAUGUUUGGGAAAGAUUUGUACCGCAUGUUACCGAGAAAACAAUUCAAUGUAAGGCUGACGCAUUACAAGUGACCUCUUCGGAAUUGGCUGAACUGUUACGUACAGAUUUAGCAACACUUCGUAGUUAUGAUCUUAACCAGAUGGAUCUGAACUUUUUCCCAGCAUAUGAAGAUCUUUUACGUCGAAAGAAUUUGUUUGAAACUCAAUCGAUUGUCACCGGAGGGCUUUUCAACAACUGGGAAAGCAGUACCAUGGCCCAGUUUGCUGACAGGGUUAGCAGCUUUUCCCUUCGUGAUUUGGAAAUAUUAUAUCGAUGGGAAGCGCCUCAGCUCUUUGCAAUUGAAAAUAUCCCAAUGUCAAUUUUUCAGUCUGGUUGUACAACUGUACCAUUAGUUGAACCUUUGUUCGCCGUGUCGCAAACUCUGUUUGGUCAUUCCACAAACCUACCAAUAUGCAAUGUCGCUUUUCUUUUAUCAAGAUCUUUUGAUGAGGUCAACACGAAGUUUACAAUUUCUUCAUUGUCCGAUCAAAACGUUUUAGAGAUUUUCCGCACAUCAAGUGGAAACCUGAGAUGGUUUGAUAUCUACCAACUUCUUCAACUAAAUAUUGAUGAGGGAAUUUGGGUAGAGACGCCAACAUUGACUCAAAUUGCUUUGUUUCGUGGAAUAGCUUUAAAUAGUCUCACAGCACAAAAUUCAAUUCCAAUGGCCAUAUCCAAUAUCAAAACUUUUAAUACAACAUCAACUCUUAAUACUAUCAUGCGUACUAACUACAAUUCGUUUUUAACGAGAUUGCUCAAUACAUAUGGUUACUCCUCGUCUGGUCUUGCUCUCAGCGCUGGUAUUACUGAGGCACAACUUAAUUCCUUGACAAUUCAGGAAGCACAUAAUUUGAUCAUAAACUCUAUUGAAGCAAGAUACCGAAUAAAUGAUGUAGCCGCUCUCCUUGGCAUUGCUCAAGUUGACACUCAUGUUCUUAUCAAUCUUCCAUCAUUUGAAUGGGAAAAAGUUGUGGCAGUAGCUAUUCAAAAUGCUUUCGCACAAUCUGCGGAUGCAUUCUCCGUAAUGCUCAGUGCCGGGGGUGUUCAAAUUUCUACCAUCGAAGGAACUUUUCCAGCUAUUCAAGUUACAGACGCGGUAACAUAUCAUACAAAUAGAACAACACCAACGGAACUGGCCAGUUGUCUAAAUAAGCAACUGUCGGAUAUUUAUAACAUGUCUUUUGCUGAAUAUCAUCAAUUGCACAUCAACAACAUAGUACCUUUACUUAGGAUCAAGUUGCUUUUCGAAGUGCAGAGUAUGGAAACGCUGCUUAAUUCUGGAGCACUUGAUUUUGACGAUGUCAAGUAUAAAAAUGUCACUGAAGUCAUCACUCAAUUGACAGGCAUGACAAUCGCAAAUUUGCAAUGCCUCUACGGCUGGUCCAAUGACUUUAUAAACACAGAUCUUGCUAUAACGUUCCAGGAAGCAAAUGAAACCCGCCUCUGCAACGAUUUUCUUGGUCGGACUAUGUUUAACAUAGUAGCAAUUAUAUCUCAAACUCCCAGCAAAGUAUGCUUUCUAUGUACGAUUGGCCCGUGUGGACAAAACACGAUGUGCAGAGACGUUCCUGAUUCAUAUGUGUGCACCUGCCUUUCUGGCUAUAUAGGCAACCCUAGUGGAGGUGGAAAUUGUAUAGAUAACCCUGAAUGUUUAUUUGAAACCGAUGAUUGUCAUGACAACGCCACGUGUAGGGAUGUACCCGGGUCGUUUGAAUGUACUUGUAAAACGGGAUUUGUUGGUGAUGGAAGAAAUUGCACAGAUAUAAAUGAAUGUAAUGCUGAUCCUGGAAGAUGCGGUCCUAAUGGUAUUUGUAGAAACACAAUUGGUAGUUUCUUUUGCGACUGCCAGGCUGGAUACAGGUGGAAUGGAAGUACUUGUGUUGAUGUUAACGAAUGUACUGAGAAUUCUGAUGACUGCCAUUUCGCAGCCAUUUGCACUAAUAAUAUUGGCUCAUUCACGUGUCGUUGUCCUAAUGGUUUGUCUGGCGAUGGACGAAAUUGUGUUGAUAUCCUGGAGUGCAGUUUUGCGCCACAAAGUUUUCCUUGUCAUGUAAAUGCUGAUUGUACUGAGACGUUUGGUUCGUUUGUAUGCCGCUGUAAAGACGGUUACACCGGUGAUGGACAAAUAUGUACUGACAUUAAUGAAUGUGAGAUUAAAACAGAUGAUUGCCAUGUGAAUGCAACUUGCUUCAAUACUGAUCCUGCAUUUUUUUGUCGUUGCCACAGUGGUUUCACAGGAAAUGGAAAGCAGUGUGCUGACAUUAAUGAGUGUGACCAAAAUUUGGACAAUUGUCACGACAACGCCAGCUGUAUAAACACCAUUGGGUCGUUUUAUUGUGAUUGUAAAGACGGUUUUAAUGGAAAUGGUACUUAUUGUUAUGUUGCUGAAGUUUCAUUCACAAAGGCUUCACACGUUGUUAAUGAAGGGGGAGAUGUAGCAAUUUCCUUUUUACUCAAUGGAGAAAUAGAUGAGAAUGCUGUUGUAACUAUUCAGGUUGGAGGAUCAGCAACAGAAAACGAAGACUAUAGCCCACUUACUAAAGUAUUCCUUUACACACCUGGUGGUUCGCGUACGAAAACUUUUACGAUAACUACAACCGAUGAUCAACGGCUGGAGGGAUUGGAGACUAUCGUUUUAACUCUUUCAUCAGUCAACAGCCAUGUGACCCCUGGCAAUAUUCCUUCAACAACGAUAACUAUUAUCGACAAUGAUGCUAUUGCUGUGGCAUUUUCAAGUCAAACAUACACAGUUAAUGAAGAUGACGAUUUUGCAAACAUCACUGUGCAAAUAAACUCGGGUAUUGUUGAAAGGAAUUUCGUUGUCAGCCUUUCGACGAGUUCCGGGACAGCUUUGGCUGGUGCAGACUUCACCACUCAUUCUCAACAAUUAACCUUUUCUCCUGGGAAUGCUGGCUCACAAUUGGUGCGCAUCCCGUUAGUGGAUAAUUUACGUGUAGAGGGUGACGAACAAUUCUUUGUUUCAUUAUCAACAACGGAUCCUGACGUGAAUAUCGUGAACAGUCCAGCUACAGUUACUAUAGUGGAUGAUGACGUUGCUACAGUAAAGUUUCAGUCAAGUACUUAUGAAGUUAGCGAAGGUGGUAAUGAGAUUACCGUGAAACUUGAUAUUACUGGAGUAAGAGAUGUGAACCUAACUGCCAGGCUUAAUACAGGAAAUGCCGGAGCAACCGCUGGAGCAGAUUACACUAGUAUCACUAAUAGAGACGUUAAUAUCCCAACUUACGCCAACGUCAUAUCGUUAACCAUUCCAAUUCGUGAAGACGGUAUACUUGAAAAUAACGAAAUAUUCACCGUAACUGUGACAUCGCAGAGUCUUCCACGUUUGAUUACUGCAAAUCCUGCAAUCACAAUUGUUACAAUAAUGGAUAAUGAUGUUGUAUCCGUUGCAUUUUCUCAAUCGCCAUAUUUCACAGAAGAAGAAAAUAAGAAUGUCAGUGUUCGAGUUGUUGUCACCGGGACAUUGGAAAGAAAUAUUGAAUUAAGCCUGUCAACAAGAGAUGGGGAUGCAAUUGAACCAGAUGAUUAUCAGCAAAACACGAGAGCGCUCACUUUUAUCCCUGGAGGUCCGAAGGAAAUUGACGUUCCCAUCCAGAUAUUCGAAGAUGUUUUGAUUGAAAACACGGAGACUUUAACCGUUGAAUUAACAACAACUGAUCCAGAUAUCGUAUUUCCAAAUGGAAAGACCGCAACAAUCACCAUUAAUGACGAUGAUACUGCUAAUGUUUUUAUCCGAAAUGAUCAAUAUGUAUUCCUCGAAAAUGCUGUUACGACGAACAUUCCCGUGGAGCUCCAAGGCAGCCUGGCAAUAACUGUCUCUGUGAGAUUGUCCACUGUCCAUGAUACUGCUACCUGGCCUUCUGAUUUCGCUGCAAUUUCUAAUCAGAUUAUUGAGUUCAAACCAGGAGAAUCUUUAAUAAAACAAGUACCAGUAAAUAUCGCUGAUGAUGAAGUUGUUGAAAGUACAGAGACGUUCUCUGUUACUUUGUCCACUCAAAAUGCAAAAGUUGCAAUUGGAACAUACGGAACUGCAACAGUUUCUAUCAUUGAUAAUGAUCAACUUCGAGUAAACUUUUCCUCAAAACAUUACGAGGCAGAUGAAGAUUCCGGUUUCGCUUUGAUUGGCUUGAUGUUACACGAUGUUCUUGAAACCAUGUUAAAAGUUAGGUUAACACCAUCCAAUGGGACAGCAACAGAACCACAAGAUUUCCCUUUGAUAAAUUAUGAUGUUACUUUGGAACCAGGACAACCCCGGAUCGUUUACCACAAAAUUAAUAUUACGAAUGAUAUGCUGGAGGAAUAUGAUGAACAUUUCAUCCUUACGUUAACUCGAAUUGAUGUAAAUGUUCAGAUCAUCGAAGCAAGGAUUGCCAACAUAACAAUUGGAGAGAGUGAUGAUAUUUUCUUCUGUGAUCCGAAUGCCAAAUCAUAUCCUUGUCACAUCAAAGCAGAUUGCGUGGAUGUUCCCAGCUCUUUUGAAUGUACUUGUGUUAGUGGUUAUGAAGGCGACGGAAAGUUCUGUACCAACAAAAAUGAAUGUCUAACUAUUCAAUGUCCAUUCAACGCCACCUGUAAAGAUACUAUCGGCUCAUACACAUGCAUCUGCCGUGAUGGUUUCCGAGGAGAUGGCGUUACCUGUGUGGAUAUCAAUGAAUGUGGCGAAAACACCCACGAAUGCCAUGAGCAGGCCACGUGUUCAAACAAUCUUGGAAGUUACACUUGUUUAUGCAACGAGGGAUAUCAUGGAAAUGGAAGAAAUUGUUCAGACAUCAAUGAAUGUGCCCAAACCAAUGACUGCCACGUCGACGCUAAUUGUAUUAAUAAAAUUGGAUCUUAUGAUUGUAAAUGUAAGCCUGGUUUCAGAGGUGAUGGAAAAACUUGUGACGAUAUAAAUGAAUGCAACGAAGGUAAGGAUGAUUGUCACCGAGAGGCCACGUGUCACAAUGGUAUUGGAAAUUAUACAUGUCGAUGCAAACCCGGAUGGCAAGGAAAUGGAACAUUUUGCAUGGAUAUUAAUGAAUGUUUGCGACCUGAGGAUAAUGACUGCGAUGAUGUCAACGGCAUGUGUUUGAACAACGACGGGAGUUAUACUUGUAAAUGCAACUCGGGGUACAGCGGUGAUGGGGAGUCAUGUGUUGAUAUCGAUGAAUGCUUGGAGGGUACAGCUACUUGUCCUGAUAACGCUGAUUGUAAGAAUACAAAUGGAAGCUACGAAUGCAUUUGCAACCACGGAUUCAUUCAUCAAGGGUUGAUAUGUGCUGAUAAGGAUGAAUGCGCUACUGGUGAUCAUAACUGUCAUGGCAAUGCAAACUGCCUGAAUAUACCUGGAUCUUUUAAUUGUCAGUGUAAAGAUGGUUUUACUGGCAACGGGACAUUCUGUUCAAAUGUAGACGAAUGUUCAAUGAACCCAGGUCCUUGCGACCAAAAUGCAAAUUGUUCGGAUACUGAUGGCUCAUUCGAAUGUACUUGCAGGCAAGGUUUCACCGGGAACGGAAUUGAUUGUGAAGAUAUUAUUGAUUGUAUUUUGCUACCACGACAAUAUCCUUGUGAUGUACGAGCCACCUGUCUGGAUGUCCCGGGAUCGUUUACUUGCACAUGUCCGUCGGGAUUAACUCUUAAUGCAGAUCAACGAAAUUGCGAUGAUAUCGACGAAUGCGCAAGUAAUGAUACAUUUACUUGCCAUAAAGACGCAGAUUGUGAGAACACUAUUGGAUCAUACGAAUGUAGGUGUAGGUCAGGUUUCGUUGGUGAUGGUAAAACUGUUUGUAUUGAUACUACGUGCACAUCUCAAAACCCAUGUUCAGCUGACGCAGACUGUUCCGUAAAUGUUACUUCCAAUUCAUUUACCUGUGUCUGUCAUCAAGGAUUUACUGGGGAUGGUAGAACUUGUGAUGACAUCAAUGAAUGUCAGAUCCCAGGUUUUUGUGGCGCCAACACAAGCUGUGUUAAUCAACCAAGGGCAUCUUACACAUGUUCUUGUCUUGAUGGAUAUGAAGGGGAUCCAAAAGUUGGUUGCUCAGAUAUUAAUGAGUGCAAAAAUAAUCCAUGUCACGUGAACGCUACAUGCACGAAUGAAGCUGGGACUUACCGUUGUGAUUGCAACUCAGGCUUCUCUGGUAAUGGAACUGUUUGUAACGAUAUCAAUGAAUGUCGUAUUGUUGGAACAUGCCACACGGAUGCAGUUUGCAAAAACACCAUUGGAAGUCAUUAUUGUACUUGUAAUGCUGGUUAUAGCGGAAAUGGGAAAUCAUGUUCAGAUAUCAAUGAAUGUGACGAUGCAUCAAAUUGUCCAGCGAACGCUGAUUGUCAUAACUUUCCUGGUACAUUUAAUUGUACUUGCAAACUUGGAUUUAGAAGAAACGGCGAUGCAUGUGAAGAUAUUAAUGAAUGCGAUGGCAAUCCAUGUAUAGAAGAUGGCGCUGUAUGUAGAAACACAAUAGGUUCAUACACUUGCACUUGUCCUGAAGAGAUCUAUAACAAUGGAAACUUCUGUUACGUAUACUGCCCAUUCAAAUUGGACCUUGCUUUUAUCGUCGACACUUCCAAUUCAAUAAACGCACAAGACUUUGACUUAGUUAAACAGUUUAUGACAGAUAGUCUCAGCAAGAUGGACAUUAGUCCCGACGGAAAUCAUAUUGCUGGCAUAUCAUUCGGAAACACCGCAAAUCUUUUUAUGCGCUUCAAUACAAUCACUGGCUCAAACUUGAAUCGUCGCAAUCUCAUUAAUGAGUUCAACAAUUUCCCAAAAAAUGGUGGUGUGACAAGAAUUGAUCUUGCAUUGCUAAGGGCUGAAAUUGAUGUUUUUACCGCGGCCAAUGGAAUGAGGACUGAUACCGAUAUAAGAAAGAUUGCAGUGGUUUUGACUGAUGGCGAGCAGACGAUGGGGCCAGGAGUACCUCUAGAGCCGCUCUCGCAUAUUGCAAGAAGACUUCAAUCCAAAGACAUUACUGUCAUUGCCGUUGCUAUUGGCCAAAAUGUUCCGAGGGAUCAAUUAUUGAACAUUACUAACUUCAUUGAGGAAAAUAUUUUGGAGGUUGCGACAUUCGCAAAUCUUUCGUCAAUUAUCGAUCAAUUUGUGAAUACAUCUUGCACAGAUCUUGACGAAUGUAAGUUACAUAAAAAUCUUUGUCAUGCCAAUGCUAACUGCAAGGACACACUUGGAGCCUUUUCAUGCCUUUGUAAAACAGGGUAUUCUGGGGAUGGCUUUGAAUGUAAAGACGUGAAUGAGUGUGAUGGUGUGAAUGAAUGUCACGCAAAUUCUAUGUGCUCAAAUACUGAUGGCUCUUAUGAAUGUACAUGCAAACCCGGAUAUUCUGGCGAUGGACGACAGUGUUCUGACAUAAACGAAUGUGACAGUGAUACUGAUAAUUGCCAUGAUAACGCAGAUUGCAUCAACAACAUUGGAUCGUACACUUGCCAAUGCUCGCAAGGAUACUCAGGCGAUGGAAAGGUCUCGUGUCGAGAUAUUGAUGAGUGCGAUGAGGGAACAGACAAUUGUGAUGAUUCAGCGACUUGUAGGAACAAUAAUGGAUCAUUUACUUGCUCUUGCAACAAAGGUUUAACCGGAAGUGGCGUGUCUUGUCAAGAUAUCGACGAAUGCAAAGAGAAUACACAUGAUUGUCAUGUGAACGCAAAUUGCGUAAACAUCUUUGGGUCUUUUAAUUGCACGUGUUUACCAGGGUACGAAGGGGAUGGGAAGAACUCAUGUAAUGAUCAGGACGAAUGUCAACUAGGUGAGGACUCGUGUCUUCAAGAAGCACAAUGUAAUAAUACCAUUGGGUCUUAUUCAUGUACAUGUCCUGGAGGAUACGAAGGAAAUGGAAAAACUGAGUGUAAAGAUGUGAAUGAGUGUGUUGGUAACAAGGAUGACUGCCAUUCCAAUGCAGAAUGUUCAAAUACUAUAGGCUCGUUCGUGUGUACUUGCCAGGCAGGUUACAGUGGAGACGGAAAAAACUGCGAAGUGUCAGGCUGCACCGUUGCCUGUAAUGUAGGAGCGACUUGUCAGAAAGUGGGAUCAGAAUUUAAAUGCGUUUGCAAACAAGGUUACUCAGGAGACGGCAAUGUAUGCUCAGACAUCGACGAAUGCAAACAAGGUGGUCAUAAUUGUCACAGCAAUGCUAACUGUACGAACAUUGAGGGAAGUUUUAUGUGCAAAUGUAAAGACGGUUAUAGUGGGGACGGAAAAUCUUGUAGUGAUAUCAAUGAAUGUGAUGAAGGUGUUCAUGAUUGUGACAGCAAUGCUGACUGCACAAACACUGAGGGAAGUUAUAUGUGCUCAUGUAAAGAUGGUUUUACUGGAGACGGAAAAUCCUGUAGUGCCACAGGCUGCACCGUACCCUGUAAUGCUGGAGGGACUUGUCAGAAAGUGGGAUCAGAAUUUAAAUGCGUUUGCAACCAAGGGUUUACUGGAAAUCCAUGCAAAGACAUCAACGAAUGCAAACAAGGCGGUCAUGAUUGUCACAGCAAUGCCAACUGUACGAACAUUGAGGGAGGUUUUAUGUGCAAAUGUAAAGACGGUUAUAGUGGGGACGGAAAAUCUUGUAGUGACAUCAACGAAUGCAAACAAGGUGGUCAUGAUUGUCACAGCAAUGCUAACUGUACGGACAUUGAGGGAGGUUUCACCUGCAAAUGUAAAGACGGUUAUAGUGGGGACGGAAAAUCUUGUAGUGACAUCGACGAAUGCAAACAAGGUGGUCAUGAUUGUCACAGCAAUGCUAACUGUACGAACAUUGAGGGAAGUUUUAUGUGCAAAUGUAAAGAUGGUUAUAGUGGGGACGGAAAAUCUUGUAGUGAUAUCGACGAAUGCCUGGGUGGUCAUGAUUGUCACAGCAAUGCUGACUGCAAAAACAACCAGGGAAGUUUCACCUGCAAAUGUAAAGAUGGUUACACUGGAGACGGAAAAUCUUGUAGUGAAAUUUUUGAAUGUGGAAAAUGUAAUCCUGGCACCUCUGAAUGCGUGAACAACCAAUGUCGGUGCAAAUCAGGAUACGAAAAUAUCAACACAGAAGGAACAUGUGAUGAUAUUGAUGAAUGCGCACAAUCUUCUGAUAAUAAUUGUGCUGAAAAUCAAGCUUGUAGGAACUAUGCUGGAACUCACGAAUGUUUCUGUACAAGUCCGGGAACAUUUUUGAUCGAGGGUUCUUGUGCAAGCGUCUCAGCUGUGACUUUGACAAUCACAAUUUUGGAUCAACUAUUCACAGCAGCUUUGGCCGAUACAAGUUCAGCAGAUUUCUACGAUUUUAUAACACGUUUGGAGGACCGGUUGAAUGCUUACUUCAAAAGAAUGUAUGAAAGCACAUAUUUGGACUCGUCAGUGUUGAAUUUAAGUAAUGGCAGUGUUGUCGCAAAGGUCUUACUACUUUUUGAAAAGGACAAGGCUCCACAAGCAGACAGUUUGAACAGUAUAUUUAUGGGAAAUCUUAACACGACAACGGAUAAUAAUAAGAUGUUGAAUGAAUUUAAGAUAAGCGGAUCAUCUGGGGCCGUAAUAGAUUACGAUGAAUGUGAUCCUACGUUAAACGAACAUGUGAAAGACUGCCCACAGCACUCUUACUGCAAGAAUAGUUAUAGUUCCUACAGCUGUGAGUGCUUGAAGGGAUAUGAAAAAUAUAUCGACGACAUUUCGAGGUUCUGUCUUACUGAAGACGACGAUUGGUGGAUUGUGUACGCUGUAGUUUUUGGAGCAAUUGGCGUUGUUGUGAUAACUGUAAUCAUAUUGUUCUGUUUCUUGGAAACAAGGCGAAAUGAAGAGUUAUACACAUUACAUGAGGUAAACAGACCACACGAUAAACGUAUUGAUGAAGAAGUUGCACCAGGGUUUCCUGGAAGCGUACCAAGAACAGAUUCGAAUGGAAGCCAAUUGUUGUUAGGAACUGAUAAAGGAGGACGUGCUGGAUCUGAAAAGCUAGCGAUGUAUGAAGUAAACCCAAUUUACGACACAACUAAUGGAUAAUUUCUGGAUCACAUUUUACGUAGAAAAGUGAACGAUUUUAAUCUUUUAGAAAAUUUAGCACUACUUUCUAAUACCAUACCAAUUUACAAAAUUAAUUAAAACCAUCUAUAGACUCAUUUAUAUAUACUUCUUUAUAUACAGUACAUCCUUUGGACUUUUAUAACUAUACCUAUGUAACUUUUCGCAUUUUGUGUAUUGCACAGUAAUUAUAUAAAUGAC